GGAGGAGGAGCUCAUCGGUUUCGGUCCACCCGGCCUCCAGCUCUCAAGCGAGGUGAACUUGUCUUCCCGCCCAGUUCUGGAACUCACAAGCUGAUUGCUGCGGCCGCUGAGACCGGCUCCCAGAGAGUAAACUCCGCGGGACCCGCCUAGAGAUGCCAGAAGGGCCAUCUGUGAGGAAGUUCCACCACCUUGUCACCCCUUUUGUGGGCCAGAAGGUGGUCCAGACAGGGGGCAGCAGUAAGAAGCUACUCCCUGCCACUUUUCAGUCUCUGUGGCUCCAGGAUGCCCAGGUGCAUGGAAAAAAAUUAUUCCUUCGGUUUGAUCCAGAUGAGGAGUCGGAGCCACACAGCAGCAACCCACAGUCUGUACGAGGGGUAUGGAAAGAGGAGGCCAUGGGCCCAGAGCUGGCUUUGGGGCCCAGUGCUCAGGAAACCUCACCAGGCCCCUCUGGAUCUGGGGAUCCUGUUCCCAGUGGGUCUGAUGGCCCCUUUGGUCUUGGGGGACAGAACCCUUUAGCAGAUGUCCAGAGGUGGCUGGAGAUGAGGUUUGGCUUGUUUGGCAGUAUCCGGGUGAAUGAAUUCUCCAGAGCAAAGAACGCUAACAAAAGAGGCGACUGGAGAGACCCAGUGCCCAGACUGGUACUCCAUUUUGGUGGGGGUGGCUUCCUGGCAUUUUAUAAUUGCCAGAUGUCAUGGAGCCCUCCCCCAGUGCUUGAGCCCACCUGCGACAUCUUGUCCGAAAAAUUCCAUCGAGGACAAGCCUUGGAAGCUCUAAGCCAGGCUCAGCCUGUGUGCUACACUCUAUUGGACCAGAGAUACUUCUCAGGAUUAGGCAACAUUAUAAAGAACGAAGCCUUGUACAGAGCAGGGAUCCAUCCCCUCUCCCUUGGUUCACUCCUGACUCCUUCCUCCCUGGGCGCCCUCGUGGAUCACGUGGUGGAGUUCAGCACACGUUGGCUUCAGGACAAAUUCCAAGGCAAGAAACAGCACACACAGAUCUACCAGAGGGAACAGUGUCCUUCUGGUCACCAGGUCAGGAAAGAGAUGUUUGGGCCCCCGGGUGGGCUUCAGAGGCUCACCUGGUGGUGCCCUCAGUGCCAGCCCCAUCUGUCGUCUGAGGAGCCACAGAAUCUGCUGUCCUCCUAAAACACUUGGACUUUCCCUUGGAACUUGGAACUUUAGAGACACAGAUACCGUUGUGUCCUGAGAGAUGGGUGUAGGCAGGGACUCUAUUACAGAUCAAAGAUAGGGUCGGAAGGGUCUGUAUUGGUGACAUUCAUCUUCAUUUGUGCCUGAGUUACAGUUUUCAUAGCGAUAGAUGUUUUCCUUGUGUAGUUAAUUCUGUGUAAUCCCAUCAUGCUGUCAAAAUCCUGACAGUGGUCUAAGGAAAACUGCCUGGAGCAG